CAUGAGAGCAAAACGCAUCAAAUGUGUGACGUCAUAUCCGCGACACUUCUCAGUGCGCAUGUGGCGCGUGUCGAUGACGUUGGAGCGACAUGGCGGUGUUAUUGGAAACGACGCUUGGAGAUAUCGUUAUUGAUUUAUACACAGAAGAAAGACCGAAAGCCUCUCUGAACUUCCUGAAACUGUGCAAAAUCAAAUAUUACAACUACUGUCUGAUUCACAAUGUGCAGAGGGACUUCAUCGUUCAGACGGGCGACCCCACCGGCACGGGCCGCGGAGGAGAGUCUGUGUUCAGUAAACUGUACGGCGAUCAGGCCCGCUUCUUCGAGUCUGAGAAGAUGCCGAGGAUCAAGCACAGGAAGAAGGGGACUGUGUCUAUGGUGAACAAUGGCAGCGAGCAGCACGGCUCUCAGUUUCUGAUCACCACAAGCGAGAAUCUGGAUUAUCUGGACGGCGUUCACACUGUGUUUGGAGAGGUCACGGAGGGCAUGGACGUGCUCUCCAAAAUCAACGAGACCUUCGUAGACAACAACUUCAUCCCCUAUCAGGACAUCAGGAUUAAUCACACAGUGAUUCUGGACGACCCGUUCGAUGACCCUGCGGGCCUCCCGGUUCCUGACCGAUCGCCUGAACCCACUAAAGAGCAGCUGGAUAGCGGUCGGAUUGGAGCAGAUGAGGCCAUAAACGAUGACGAGGGAGACGAGUUGCUGGAUGAACUGAUAAAGGAGAAGGAAGCAAAGACGAAAGCCAUUCUGCUGGAGAUGGUGGGCGAUCUGCCAGACGCCGAGGUCAAACCUCCAGAGAACGUGCUGUUUGUGUGUAAACUCAAUCCUGUGACCACAGAUGAAGAUCUAGAGAUCAUCUUCUCACGUUUCGGCCCCAUUAAAUGUUGUGAGAUCAUCAGAGACUGGAAAACAGGAGAGUCUCUGUGCUAUGCGUUCAUCGAGUUUGAAAAGGAGGAGGACUGUGAAAAAGCCUACUUCAAAAUGGACAACGUCCUGAUAGAUGACCGUCGCAUUCAUGUGGACUUCAGCCAGUCGGUGUCUAAGAUCAAAUGGAAAGGCAAAGGUGGGAAGUACACCAAAGAUGAUUUUAAGGCCUAUGAGAAGGACCAGGACAACAAAUCCAAACUGGCUUUGAAAGACAAAGUCAAGAGCAAGCAGGACUCCCGUUACGAGCUUCUCUUAGAUGAAGAUGAGGAUGACAGAAGGAAGGACGACAGAGAGAAACGAGACCGGAAACGACACUCGGACAGCGAAAGGACCAAGGACAAGAAAUCAAAGUCAGUCGCUCUAUCAGCCCAAGAGCAGACAGAGGCAGGAGAUACAGUGAUGGAUCGCGAUGAGAGUCGGAGAGAAAAAGAUAAAGGCAGACAGCGCUCACGUUCAAGAGACCGAGAGAGACACAAGGAAAAGCAGAGAGACCGAGGCAGAGAGCGAGACGGCGAUCACAAACGCCACAGACGGGAUCGGAGCCGCAGCCCGAAGAGAUCCAAGUACUACAGCUGAGUAACAAAACAAACCACAUUAUCAGGAGUCAUUUCUUACAUGUCAAGAAAAAUCAGUCCAAUUGUUUGUAAAUUUUGAAGAUUGCAAAUUUAUGGAAUGUUAAUAAAGUCAAAGUUUGUGAAAAUCUAAAA